GUCAGGGCGGUGGAGGUUCUGGAGGCCCUAAUCCGGGACAGUCCUGGCGCGACCGGGCCCCCGCGGUCGAACCGACCUGGUUGGCGAGCUCCGGGGCCCCGAGGGGAAGAGCGUCAGGGGCUGAGCCGACACCUUAGCACGGGGCUGUGACGGUCUCAGUUGCGCUCCUUUCUGACUGCGGGCUGUAAACGCCGCUUGAGCCCAGUUGCCCCGGAAGCAGGUUCUCCUGUUGCGUUGCUCCUGGAGGGAUGGAGGGCGCUAGGCCGUCCAGCAGCACCAUGCAGGUUAGCUUCGUGUGCCAGCGCUGCAGCCAGCCCCUGAAACUGGACACGAGCUUCAAGAUUCUGGACCGUGUCACCAUCCAGGAGCUCACAGAUAUUGGACAACUCCUUGAGCCAUUUACAGAAACUCGCCAGGACGGUGUGUCUCGCAGGUUCAUCCCCCCAGCCAGGAUGAUGUCUACCGAAAGUGCCAAUAGCUUCACUCUGAUCGGGGAGGCAUCCGACGGCGGCACCAUGGAGAAUCUCAGCCGAAGACUGAAGGUCACGGGGGACCUUUUUGACAUCAUGUCAGGCCAGACGGAUGUGGACCACCCACUGUGUGAGGAGUGCACGGACACCCUCUUAGACCAGCUGGACACGCAGCUCAACGUGACCGAGAACGAGUGUCAGAACUACAAACGCUGCCUGGAGAUCUUGGAGCAGAUGAGUGAGGACGACAGUGAACAGCUGCAGAUGGAGCUCCAGGAGCUGACCCUGGAGGAGGAGCGGCUGAUCCAGGAGCUGGAGGACGUGGAAAAGAACCGCACGAUCGUGGCCGACAGUCUUGAGAAGGUCCAGGCCGAGGCCGAGAGGCUGGAUCAGGAGGAAGCCCAGUAUCAGCGGGAAUACAGUGAGUUUAAACGCCAACAGCUGGAGCUGGAUGAUGAGCUGAAGAGUGUGGAAAACCAGAUGCGCUAUGCCCAGAUGCAGCUGGACAAGCUGAAGAAAACCAAUGUCUUCAAUGCGACCUUCCACAUCUGGCACAGUGGACAAUUUGGCACAAUCAAUAACUUUAGACUGGGUCGCCUGCCCAGUGUCCCCGUGGAAUGGAACGAGAUUAAUGCUGCUUGGGGUCAGACGGUGUUGUUGCUCCAUGCCCUGGCCAAUAAAAUGGGUCUGACAUUCCAGAGGUAUCGCCUUGUUCCCUAUGGAAACCAUUCUUACCUGGAGUCUCUGACAGACAAAUCUAAGGAGCUGCCGCUGCACUGUUCCGGGGGCCUGCGGUUUUUCUGGGACAACAAGUUCGACCACGCCAUGGUGGCUUUCCUGGACUGUGCGCAGCAGUUUAAAGAAGAGGUUGAGAAAGGCGAGACGCGUUUUUGUCUUCCUUACAGGAUGGAUGUGGAGAAAGGCAAGAUCGAAGACACAGGAGGCAGCGGCGGCUCCUAUUCCAUCAAAACCCAGUUUAACUCCGAGGAACAGUGGACAAAAGCCCUCAAGUUCAUGCUGACAAAUCUUAAGUGGGGUCUGGCCUGGGUAUCCUCACAGUUUUAUAACAAAUGACUUUUUUUUUUAAGAAGGAUGUUUGCCUUGAAGGCUUUCAAUUUUGUUUUGUUUGCAAAAAAAAAGUUUAAAUUUUUUAAUUAAAUUUGGGUAAUAUUAAAUAGCAUAUGUUUACAAUACCAAAAAUUACAAAAGCCACUUUAUUUUAAAGUACCGUAUGAAAGCCAGUUUCCAGAGUUACAACCUGCUGUGUCUAGCUACCAACCCUGGUAAUAGUUUGGAGCCUUAACCCUAUGUCUUCCUUCCCUCCAAACUAAGUCCCCCACCCCUGCCUUUUUUGUCUUCUUAAAAGAGUUUAAGAUUGAUGUAUUUCCACUGGAUUUUUUUCCUGUUUCUCACCGUCCGCACCUCCAAUAUGAAACAGAAACCUUUUUCUCCACCACGCGCGAGCUGAGCGGCGCCGUUGGACCACGUGGGAAAAUGACGUAGCACUUUGUCUGCUCACUGUGUGAUGUGAUCAGAUGCUUGAGUUCUGGUGCUGAAUGCCUCCUCCGCUCUGUUGCAGAAAUAGGAAAUGGCGUUUGAUGCCGUUGAGCAUUAUGGACAGAUUUAAUUAUUUGUAAUAAAAGACCUGCUGCAGUCUAAUAACUGUCCAGAGGUGUGCUGGUGCAUUUUUCUUUAAAGCAGUGUGCUUUUUAUUCCAGAAGAAUUGGAUUCAAGUGCAUCCAUUUGAUUCUUUUGAAGCAUGCUGAACAGAGGUUAAUUUUAGUUAUUACAAAAGAUUAGUGUAGGAAGCUAUAGUGGAAGCCGUUUGUAUAGCUCCAGGUUUUCAACCUGUCGGUUCAGAAUGCUGUUCAGUCACUGCUGUCAGGGCCGUCCAUAGCAUCCAGAUACGUUGCCCAGGAUCCAUGUAGUAAACAAAGGGCUGUCCCCUGCUCCAGGAUGGCAGCCAGGUGGACUGUUUCAAAUGUAUUGCUCACCAGAAGCCUGCCAGUAACCAAAUCUUCUGUAUCAGGAUUCUGAAACUUUUUGAGGAGAAGGGACGGUGGCUGGCCUCCCUCGUUUGGAAGGUUUGGGGCAGGGCACUGGAGGGCGACACGCUACGUGCUGGUGUCCGCCACCAUCUUCUAAUGGGACCCAGCUCUUCGUUUCUGACUUGGAUCAAAAUACCGUAAGGGACUGUUUUGAACUGGUUCGAAGUCCCGUGCAGCUCUCAAUGGCAGAGUGGAGUUGUUAACUGUAAAGAUGAAAGUCUGCCUCCUUGAUGCUCAGUCAAGGUCGCAUACAUAAUUUGGUUUGUUUGUUUUUUAAUAAUAAUUUGGGUUUUGAGCACCCUGGUUAAUGCUUAUUUCCAUGUUCAGAGUUCUUUUUUGUUGUACUAGUUUAUAGAAAGGCAUUUGCCAAUUCAGUAUUCUCUCCGUGAAAUGAACAGUUACAGAAAAAGCCAUAAAAAUAAAACAAAAAUGAACCAA